CAACGCGAUUGUGGCCUCAAUGUUUACUCGGGUGUAUUUAUAAACGAGGAAGUAAACUACACAUUAUGAGGUCUCACCUGACAACCCAGGUAUAGGAAAACGUAUUCGAAGAGGGACAGCCCUGACAAAGAACACUCCUAUCAAUGGCGUCCCUUCCUAACGCAGCAACGUUUUUGCUUGCAGUUAGCUUCAUGAAAGCUCCAGGUGUUGAUGGGGCAGUGACAGUAUCCGGGUCAGGAGGUACAGGGAUACCCAACCAGCAGGCUCUGACACUGAGAUGCAGCUACACUGUGACAUCAGGGGAUGUUGUUACUUCAUUCGCAUGGAGGAGGCUGGAGGGCAACUCCGCAGUGAACAUAGUCUCAGGUUCAGUGACUCCCCAGACAGCUAUAUUCCGGGACUCCUGGGGGAACAAGGGCGUGUUUGUUGGUGACUACACCUCCUCCCUAGACAUCCAGCUGCCUGCCAGUCACGUGACAUCCAGCUAUGCCGGGACAUAUAGUUGUCAAGUGAGUGGACUGUCAGAUACUGGGCGAGUUGAUGUCACUGCCUCUGUGUUGGGUAAGUAUAUGAUGGACAUUAUUAUGGAUAGAAGGGUCAAGGUUGACCUCCAGGAUUACAUGGACUGUGAGAUACCAGAUACAUAGAUGUCAUUGCCUUUG